UUAUUUCCCCCGUUCACCUGUCCCCUGUCGGUAGCUUCUACUAGUACCGAGGUAGCUGCUGCUAAUUACCCCAAGCUUGAGCUAAGCUAGCUAGCCAUGGCGACCAGGCUAGAGCAGUGCUGCUUGCUGCUGCUGCUGCUGCUCUGCUCCUGCAGCUCCGCCGCCGUGGCUGCGGCGUCGCCGGCGGCCAUGAGCAGCAGCAGGAAGGCGGUGGAUCGCCUGCCCGGGUUCGCUGGCCCCCUGCCCUUCUCCCUCGAAACAGGGUACGUGGCGGUGGGCGAGGCGAGAUUCUUCUACUACUUCAUCGAGUCGGAGAGGAGCCCGGAGGAGGACCCCGUCCUGCUCUGGCUGACCGGUGGGCCCGGAUGCUCUGCCUUCUCCGGACUCAUCUACGAGAUUGGCCCUCUCUUUUUUGAUUUUCAUGGCCACAAAGGAGGGUUGCCUACUUUGCACUACAAGGCAAACUCCUGGACCAAAAUAAGCAAUGUUAUCUUCGUCGAUUCUCCACCUGGGACUGGCUUCACAUAUGCCACCACAGCCGAAGGACUCAAGUCCAGUGACACCAUUGUUGUUCACCAGCUCUACACUUUCAUCCAAAAGUGGUUUGACGAUCAUCCACAAUUCUCCUCGAAUCCGCUCUAUGUUUCGGGUGAUUCUUAUAGCGGUAUAAUUAUACCUACUCUCACCAUGGAAAUAGCUAAAGGAAAAGAAUCCAGCGACGAGCGGCAUCUUAAUCUCAAGGGUUACAUUGCUGGCAAUCCAUUGACUGACACUACCCAUGAUGACAACAGUAAAUUUCCCUUUCUUCAUAGUCUGGGAAUUAUAGAUGAUGAACUAUAUGAGGUUGCUCGGAAGAAUUGCAAGGGAGAUUACAUGACCCCUCCAAACUCUCAGUGUGCCAACUCUGUCCAAGCCAUCAGGGAUUGCAUAAGGGAUGUGAAUGAUUUACACAUCUUGGAGCCACGCUGCGAGGAAGAUGGAAUAAGCCUCAUGUCCGACAACUCGGCUUCAUCACACGAUAGAAGAACAAAGCUACUUGAGUCGGCAGUUUCGUCCAUUUGUAGGAAUGCCACCUAUGUUCUGUCCAAAAUAUGGGCAAACGACGAAGCUGUAAGGGAGAGUUUGGGUAUUCACAAGGGGACAGUAACAACAUGGGAAAGAUGUAAUCAUGACCUUCUUUACAAAAAGCAAAUCGUUAGUUCAGUGGAGUAUCAUUUAAGCCUGAUUACCCAAGGAUACCGAGGCUUGGUAUACAGUGGAGAUCAUGACAGUGUAGUAUCUCUUAUUGGCACCCAAGGAUGGCUUAGAUCUCUUAACCUGUCCAUCACACAUGGUUGGCGACCAUGGUACGUCAACAGCCAAGUGGUAGGGUUCACAAGAACUUACUCCAAUAACUUGACAUACGCAACUGUGAAGGGUGCUGGGCACACAGCCCCGGAGUACAUGCCAAAGGAGUGUCUUGCUAUGGUUGAUAGAUGGCUUUCUGGGGAACCUCUUUGAUCAAUCCAGUAAUUAGGAGUCUGUUCUCUUAACUAAGAUUCUCUUAUUUAUAUGUGUUCUACUAUUUUUUUUUUCUAUUCUGACUCGCUUAUUCUAUCUAGCUGAGCCAUUCAUUCCUUUCUAUAAAAUAAAGAUAAUUAAGGAGACAGAAAAAAAACAAAUAAAGAAACAAACGUAUUGAAUACACAAACAAAAAGAGAGAGGAAAUCAAAAGGAGAGAGAGGGAUUCAAACCCUCGAUAGUUCCUAGAACUAUACUGGUUUUCAAGAUCGGAGCUAUCAACCACUUAGCCAUCUCUCCACAUAAUUGGUUAUCAACAUAUAUACUCUUGCAAUUGAAAAUAGUUCCAUGAGCAAAAGCGUGCCACACGAAGAUUCUACAAUAGCAUGUAUUGAAGAACCGGUAAAAGAAAUUUUACUAAAUUUGAAAGAAAUUAUAUUGAGAAGUAAUCUUUGUGGAGUUAGAAACGCAUCAAUUUUUGUCAAAGGUCCUAGAUACAUAACUGCUGAAGAUAAUAUCUUAUUACCUUCCAUAGAAAUCGUUGAUAUGACACAACCUAUAGCUAACUUGACAGAACCCACUGAUUUAACAUCAAAUAACAAUUAAUAGCAGGUCGAAUUAUGGCAUUAAAUCGAUCCGCGGAUAAGAAUAUUUGCCCACCUGAAAUGGAGAUUACAUUAGUAGGAAUAUAGACAUAAACAUCUUCAGAUUGAGUCUCAACUAUUGACAAAGCAGUUAUAGUCUCAACUAUUGACAAAGCAGUUAUACUUUCUUCCCCUAAAAGAGAAUUUAAUGUAGCGGAUCUUUCUAAAAUACGUGAAUGCAAAUAAAAAGCAUCCCCUGGGUAAGCUUUGUGGCCAAGGAGUCUUCUUUAUGGAAUGGACAUUUGGCGAUAAGCUCGUGCCCGUUUGGAGAGAUUAUCGUAAAUUAUUAAAGAUGCAGAUGCAGAAAUAAUGCUGAGUACUCCCUCCGAUCCGUUUCAUCUUUCAUCUUAUAAGACUCUUUGUCUUUUGAUUUUCUUAAAGUAAAA